CUGCCGUUCAGUUCGCUCUCAAGUCUUCCAGCGAUCAGUCGCAACCGGUCGUUUGCUUUGUGAAGGCCACAUCGGCGCGUUCGAAGAAAGUCGCGGCCUAUCCUAACUGUUUCUUUCGUGUCUUAUUCUCUGUCAAGUCUCCCACUCUCUCCCUGACCACAGCCAAUAGCAACCAGCCAAAACAAGAACAGCCUGGCUGGCGCGAAUAAGUGUAGUGAUUUCACUUACCUUACGAUUGUGACAAAGUGCCGCUGGAUGUGGAGAAGCAGCGAAAAGAAAGUUUCUCAACUCAUUAUUUCAACGUCAGCUCAACCGGGUGAAUUAAGAAGUGUCAUCUCUUGAAGGUUUUACCCAGUUUCGCAAGAUAAACAAAGGUGAUCUGCGUGGAGGAAAACGAGGAAAAAAUGGCACUUCGAAUGACGGAUAUGCUGUACGAGAACCCGAUGGAUCAUUAUGUUACGCUUCUGGUUGACUUUGUCAUAUUUUUCUUCAAGUCGAUCUACUUCACGCUGGAAACGUGUCUUCUAACUUGUAUUCCCUAUCGGUUUAGAACAUUAAAGGAUGUUUCUGGACAGGUGGUGUUAAUAACCGGAGGCGGUGGUGGAGUCGGGCGCCACUUAGCUGUUAACUUCGCUCGUCUUCGGGCGCGAGUCGUGAUUUGGGAUAUUAAUAAGGAUGCUCUGAAAGGCACUGCAGAUGCGUUGCAAUCCGAGGGCUACUAUUGCCACACGUACCUGGUGGAUAUCUCCGACCGUGAAAAAGUAUACGAGGUGGCCAAAAAAGUCAAGGAGGAGGUCGGCGACGUCAACAUUCUGAUCAACAAUGCUGGAAUUGUCGCCUGUCGGACGCUGUGGGACCUAUCCGAUAGUGCUAUCGAAAGCACUUACGCUGUCAAUAUUCUAUCGCAUUAUUGGACAACCAAAGCAUUUUUACCGGAGAUGAUGAAUUCCAAUAACGGACACAUUGUCACGGUGGGAUCAGUAGCGGGUCUACUCGGAACUUAUGGAUGCACUGAUUACAGCGCCACCAAAUUCGCUUGCGUUGGUUUUCACGAAGCUUUAUACACGGAAUUGAAGACACAUGGAUAUGACAAUAUCAAUUUGACGCUUGUUUGUCCCUACUAUAUCAACACCGGAAUGUUUGCCGGCUGCAAGCCUCGUUUGCUCCCAAUGCUGGAACCGAAACACGUUGCCGACAGCAUGGUAAAAUCCAUCCUGAAGAAUGAGGUCAACUGUACCCUACCGGACAAUGUGCGUGUCUUCCUGCCGCUGAAGUGUCUUCUGCCAGCUAAAGUUUGCUGGGAGAUGAUGAGCCGUAUUAUGAAGGGACCACAAACAAUGAUGGGAUUCCGUGGACGAGGAAAGGCAACCGCUGGCUGAAUGAGAAAUUCGGAUGAAAAUGCAUUUCUCUAUAGCUGAUUUAUUAAAGCAUAUUUACGAUUGUUUCAAUCAGCCUGUCGAUAGCAAAUUGCAUCAUUUUAUUUUAAAAGCAGCUAUGUUAGAAAAUACAGUGCAAAACACGUUUUAUAACAAUAUGCCUUUAACCUCCAUAAAUUGUUAUUGUUUAUUCUAUACGUGUUAGAAACUAAGGCUUCUCGUAACUACUUUAAAAUUUAAAGUAUUUCCAAAUAAACAAAUUGUUAUGGUGAACAAUAUUUAUCACGAA